CUCGUUUAGGCGGUAGCUCAAACUGCGGCGCCUGUUCGAAUUUAUGACGUGGUCUAUCCGUCGCCCGCUGGUCUGUGAUGUCGAAUGGAAUCGGACGAGAUUCACUGAGGAAUUUUCCGUCGAAUUUAAAAAAGGAGUGCCUUUUGGAAGCUAAGGACGCCUAUGGAACGUGGUAUCCCGCGAAAGUGCGCGAAAUAAAAGACGGUAAAGUGCACAUCCACUUUUGCAAUUGGAGUUCCCGUUACGAUACCUGGUAUCCCAUUACCUCCAACUGCUUGCGUGCACUUAAACGUAUUUCCACGUCGGUCAGUUCGACAAACACAAAGGUUCCCAAUAAUCAGGAUGACCGGUCGUUGCCCUCAGACAAAGCACCCAGGACGACCUCUUCUCCACCAACUCAUUUCGAGCUUGGAAGUUACGUUAUGGCAUCCUGGAAAAACGAAUAUGAAUAUCUGGCCGAGGUGAUUGCUCAUCGGCAUCGUCAGGGAGAUAACUCGCAAUAUCGGUUGCGAUACGUCUGGGAUAAUGUGAUUGAAUGGACACCCAUCCAUCGGAUGCGGAAGGCAACCCAGUUCGAAAUUGAUUAUGUCUUGAAAUUUUGCCGCGAACAUGUGAGCUCGGGUGCAGGAAAGCGCCCUUCUGAUGGUCCCUUAAAAAUCAACUCUAGGGAAUCACGGAUCAGCGUGUCUGAAGGCAAGUCUACCCGGUCAGUUACCACUGGUUCCGAAGUCAAGAAUAGAGAAUCUGGCCCGAAGGUUGAUGGUGUUAUUCAAACCAGUCGUCCUACUCAGUCGUCUCCAUCCCCAGGGACUACUUCCAUGGAACGCAAGACAACCCCCAUCAGUUCCCCUUGCUUUGACAGUGUUGAGCAAGAUGAUAUGGUUUACGACAAGACCGUUCUUCAGUUCCAUGAGGCUUGCCGCAAGAGGCGGGAGCUGAAAAGACAAGCCAUCGAACCAAACCAACAAGUUGUCGCCAAAAUAGAGGAUUGUUCUUCGCGGACCAACGGCGCAGCUUCCGAAACUUCAGAAUCAAGGUGCGCUACAGCCAAGGAUGAGGCGUCCAUGCUUUCUUCACCCGAACUCGAUAUUAAACCGGCUAAAGUUGCCCGUCUUGCAGAACGGACUGUGGUCUCACCUAAGUCUUCACCAAAGCCGUCCGUUAAGCCAGUCAGUAGUCCGGCGACCGAUCUUGCACCGGACAAGACAGAUAUUAUCCCUGUCACCUCUCCUAUAAAGCCUCCCACUGUGACAAUCACACCUGCUACCGUUCCUUCCGUCAAGAAACUAGCCGCUUCACCUAGACCCAAAACGGAAACGGAGAAGAAGGUUACGUCAACUGUAGCGAAACAGUCCCAACCGCCGAUUACGGCACCCGCGAAAUCGAGACCCCCGGUGAUUUAUCCCUGUCCUUUUUGCCCGCGACAACUCAGACAUUCAAAGUUGUUGGCUGCACAUAUUUCCAACUAUCAUAAGGACGUUGCUCACCCGGCAAACUCUGUACGGGGAGUCACAACGAAGUCCACAAGGAUCGUGCGCUCAUCUCCAAAGAGUUUGGAAUCUCCGGUUAUCGUUGAACGUACACAACCCACAAGCACUCUCUCGCCCUCUGUGGUGACUUCGGUUGCGAGUACUGCCAAGUCAGUAGCCAAGAGCCCCGGACCUUCUAAACCGAUGCGUGUUCUGUGUUGCAUCCGGUGUGACAGCCACUGCAACGUAGCUGACAAUUAUUCCGGUCUCAUUCAGUGCAGUAGUUGUCUGUGUUGCAUGCACGAAGCCUGCUAUGGCGUGUCGCCUGCCACUACGUCUCCAGCUCGACGUACUUUUCUGUGUGACGGGUGUCUGCUGAAAACUCGCCCCGCUCGCCAAUCACGCAUCGACGAAGCACUUCUCGAUGCUUAUGUUCGCGGCGGAGAAUUCCCUUGGUCAUUCACAAAAGAAGAAUGCACAAUGCGGAAGUUAGUGUCGGAGACUACCGAUCUUCUCCAUUGGUCGUACAAAUUACGGCCGUUCAUCGAUACUGGGUGGACUAUACUCAAUGGAACCAAGGCACCAAGUCCUCCUAUUCCUGAUCCAGUGCUGCCCACACACAGGGCUUCAAGUCACAAGGAGAAAGAUAGUGUUGCCGGGAAGAAGCAAGAAGAGAAUCCGUCGCGUCUUCAGGACUCACACGAAACCUCAGCUAAUGAGGAACACGUGAACCGUCUAUAUAUGGCCCUUCGGGAGAGUCUCGUGGAUAGCGGAUCGGAGCCUCGACCUUCCAGAAGAUCUCUGUCCAACUCAUUAUCAGACGAAACACCUUUUCCCAGUUCUCUACCGGAUUCGGAGUGCCCCACCACGUGUUGGCCAUUGACCGAUGAUGUUGACGGUAACGAAGUUUCCAUAGUUGAUCCUCAUCUGAGUCAGCAGGUGCUGACGGGCUUUUUGCAAGAGCUUGGGCCGAAUGUGAUUUCCGAGUUCGUUGACUUGGGCACAGACCCUACUGCAGGCGACGUCGAAGUGGCCGAUGUGAGUUACUUCCUGCCACGCAAUUCCAUUGAAAAAUCGAUACCUCAACAGUCUAGUGGUGAAACUCAAUCUGAUGUCGGGUCAUUGCCCGUCUCCACGACAGAAACACCUACGAAGGGUUUGGGAUCUCUUCUGUCUUCGCCCAGUGGUGUUACUUCACUGCUUCAGGCCACAGUGUCGAAGUCUUUGUCUUCCAACAAUCGCUUCGACCGUCCGCUAUCACAGAAUGGUGUGAUCGAUGGGCCUCCCUCUCCCAUACUGUCAAGAGGCCCACUCUCCAUGGAUCUCGCGUUUCCUUCAGAGAACUUUCCUGCAAAAUGCUCGCCGACAAAGUUGGAUAGUCCUCCAAGAUCCCCCACUUCUGACAAAAAUUCUGACGUUUCGUCUAACCCUAUCAAUGCAACAGGUAUUUCGACAGUUGUCGACUUCAUGGACGAUCCACUGUUGAACGUACCUACCUCAGAGACGCCGCCUCAACCCAGUACCCAGCUCCACACACCAACACAGUGUCCUAGUUCGACACCCAUAUCCAGUGGAUCUGAGAUAUGUUCAGGACCUCCAGGUGCGUGUGCGACAGCUACGAACCUCAGCGCGGCCGACGUUGAUUGGUUCACAGUCACAACCGUGGCAAAUGGUCCCUAUCAGUCUCCAGUCACCUCCUCCAUGCCCUCGAGCAAGUCUUCCCUGAAAGAAACUCUAUGCCAUCCGGCAAUUAUGUAUGACACUUUGGGUUCUUCGGCCACAUUCAGUCUGGAUGCGAUUACGGAUACCCUAACACCGGAAGAUGUUUCCGGAGCCCAUUUGGAGUUGGACCAAUUGGAUCAGUUCAUUUUGACACCGUUGGAGCGAACUUUGUCCAUAAUGGAGUCUCAUCUAGACUCUGUCACAGCACAGCUGAUAACAUUGGAGCAGGGGGUGAAUUGGUCUGCCUCUCCAAAACCGUUGGCGAGACGUUCGUUUGACAUGACCGAACAGGAGGUUUCCGAAUAUUACACUCCCUCCUCCGAAACCAGUUCGGCAUUUGGUUCCUCUCCAUCACUGUCGUUGAGUCCCACCGGGAUACACGAGGAGGUCCUGUCUGGGAUCAAUCAGUUUUGCCCCCGCUCUGCCAUAUCUUUGUCCGACCGGUGUACUAAACAGGCUGCCCGCCAGUUGUAUCGGUUCACCUCGCUGCAACGGUGUACAGAUACUCCACUCACGGCCAACAGCACCCUAAAACUCGGGUCUACUCGGCUUAGUCCUGGGCGAAAAAACAGUUCCCUAUUUUCCAAGCGUUUACCUUCCACCGUUCGUCUACUUGACGAUCGCCUGUAAUUUGCACCGGUUCCCUCUCCCUGCCCAAACUCCUUUUCUAUAUAUAAUAUCCGUUUUAACUCACGGUCUGCAUCUUAUUUGUCAUCUCAUUCUGCAAUUUGGCAUCAAAUAUUUUCUUCUACUGCAAUGACUACUGGUUUUUCGUCCAUCUACCAGGUAUUUCUUGUACAAAUCACUCACAUCCCAGUGCACAUUGUUUCUAUUCGUUUGGAUUCACGAACUGACCGUGAAGAUCGCGUUCGGUACAUUUUUAAC